CGGGGCCGCGUCAGUCGCCCGCCCCGCCGCCCCGCGCAGUCACCCCGCUCUGCAGCCACCGGCACCAGGAACUGCGCCGAGCGGAGCGCGACGGUCCCCGCCAUGUCUGCAGCCAUGAGGCAGAGGUUCGACCAGUUCCUUCACCAGAAGAACUGUAUGACUGACCUCCUGGCCAAGAUCGAGGCCAAGACCGGCGUGAACCGGAGCUUCAUCGCGCUCGGUGUCAUCGGCCUGCUGGCUUUGUACCUGGUGUUCGGUUAUGGAGCCUCUCUCCUCUGCAACCUGAUAGGAUUUGGUUACCCAGCCUACGUCUCAAUGAAAGCCAUAGAAAGCCCCAACAAAGAAGACGACACCCAGUGGCUGACCUACUGGGUAGUGUAUGGUGUGUUCAGCAUUGUCGAAUUCUUCUCUGACCUCUUCCUGUCCUGGUUCCCCUUCUACUACAUGUUGAAGUGUGGCUUCCUGCUGUGGUGCAUGGCUCCCAGCCCUGCCAACGGAGCAGACCUGCUCUACAAGCGCAUCAUCCGGCCCUUCUUCCUGAAGCACGAGUCCCAAGUAGACGAUGUGGUGAACGACCUGAAGGACAAAGCCAAAGAGACGGUAGAUGCCUUCGCCAAGGAAGCCAAGAAAGCCACCGUGAGUUUACUGGGCGAGGAGAAGAAGAGCACCUAGACCACUGAUGGCUGGAGCCUCUCUGGCCUCUCUGCACCUCCUAUAGGAGCUUGACACCGUAUUAGGGGCUGUGGUGUAUGAUCGUUUUAAUAAUGUUGCCUUGGAAACAUUUUUGAUAUAUUAAACAGAGGAAUGUGUUGUAAGGUUUUUUGCUUACUUUUACUGUUUAUAUACUUAGGGAGCAUUUACAUUUAAUGCAAUGGGCAGUGUCCAAGUUUUCAGAAAAUAUAUUAUGCCUCUGGGUUGGAAAAGACCUAUGUUACUAUCCUGUAGGAAAUAUAAACAAAAUUAUAUAUCCCACAGGCUUUGUACUUCAGUGGGCUCUCUCUGCAUGCGUUUUCUCUGUACUUACCCUGUACUUACUCUGUACUUACAUUUUAGGAUACUCUUUAAGAGUAAAUGUUUAAAUGUUUUUAAUAUAUCUGUGCAUACACACACGUAGGGAAAUGUUACUGUCUGUAGGCUGCAUAUUGCUUAUGGGGAGCACCAGCCAAAGGCUGAAGGUUCCAUUGUGUUGGUGUGAUCUGCUGAAUAGUACUUCAGAAAAUUAAUACAAAUGGGCAGUGUUUCAAAGGAACAGUUAAGUGAUAAAUGAGGCAGAAGGGAGGUUGGCCUGGUGGUUUCCUAACAUUGUAGCAGCUGAAUACCAGAACAGCUUUGUGAGGCAGUCAGCUAAAUGAUAAAUGGGGAAAUGUACACACACAUCACAGUUCCCAAUUCUGUAGAACUAGUAAUAUUGUCUUGUAGCUUUUUAAAAACUGGCUGAUAAGCUUUGUUGUGGAAACCAUCCCUGUAACAUGUUGGUUUAGUCUUGUUUCUUUUCUAGUCUUUUUAAAAACCUCUACUUUAAGGAACCUCUAGAGACUCACCCACCUCUCAUUACAUGUACGUUCUUGUUUCUAUCAUUAGCAACUACAUGCUCAUGGUGACACCAGGCUCUAAGAGCAAUUCUCAGAGAAGUAUGAUAUGCUGCACAGUCUAGUUGGUAGCGGGUAAGACAAACACCUUUACCUUCUUUCCCUGGACUUUAAGGUCAAUCGACAGAGGCUUCCCUAGUUUACAAGUCAGAAUCAUUUGUAGUCCAUCUACAUGCUUUCAUCUAUAUGAUUUGUUUUGAUGAUAAACUAUGAGGUAAUAUGCAGUUUAAGUACAAAAUAAAAAGUUAAAAUUAAUAUUACUAGCUUGAUUAGCCCAAUGGCCUAUAGGGACCUUGACAGUUUGUCCAUACUAGAGAAUCUAAGCUUUGCACUGACCAUACUGCUGGAGUCCUUCUUAGACUAAACUGACUAAAACAAAAGCAUUACAAAACUAAAAACCAGGCCUAUAAAAUAUUUUAAGGCAAGUAAAGAUGAUAGUUCCCUUUUAGAUAACAAUUAGGUAAAGUCAUAAUGAUGUGUCACAAUGUAAAACGAAAAUAUGUCAAAGGUAUCAAAAAUAAGGAACACUAUCACCCCAAUAUAACAAUAUGGAUCAGGGCCUUUUUUGCGGAGAGAGGAAUGUGAUGAUAAUAAAGCACCUUAUUAAGCUUAUGAUAAAACAUAAAAUCUUUCGGAAAGCAAACAGCUACUUGUUAUUGGAAGAAAGUUAAGCCUUAGGUUAAAAAGUUUCAGAAGUACCUCUGCUGCUGCUGCUGCUGCUGCUGCUGCGCCGCUUCAGUCGUGUCCGACCCUGUGCGACCCCACAGACGGCAGCCUACCAGGCUCCUCCGUCCAUGGGAUUUUCCAGGCAAGAGUACUGGAGUGGAGUGCCAUUGCCUCUAGGAGUAUUUAAAUCCCUUUCCCUAUAAAUCAAGUAUGCUUUCUUGGUGGUAAAACAAUGAAAAUUAGCGACUUCUAGCAUUCAGACUGUAUAAUCAGACUGUUAGUAUACAGAAUAUGUAACUUUUAGUGUACAAAAUAUCAGGCAAGAUGGUGAAGCAUGAAAGUUACUAUUGCUUAUAACUACUCACAGGCUAAUAUCAAUUUAGACAAAAAUUUCUGAAUGCAAUUUUUUUUUUUUCUUUAACUAUAGGUUUCUCUUGCAGUACAGUCUGUAAGAAAUUUUAGUUACUCUUUUUGGCAGUCAGCAUGUACAUAUUAAUGACAGGAGAAGCUAUGAGUUGAGCAAUUCUUGUCUCAGUUUAGAUUUCCAAAAAACCAUAUUGCUGUGGCUAGAGUAUUUGAAAAACUAAUUGAGCCUGUAUUCAGCUAUAAGACAAGUAUUUAUUUGUACAUGAAUGGUAUUUUGGGGAUAUGUGAAGACAAAGAAUUCCUACAAGACAGUUACUGCUACCCUGGGGAAUCUUCUACCCACAGCCUGAAGAAUAUGAGCAUAACCUUUAAGUAAGUUACCACCUAUCCUGAAGAUGUGCUAUAUUAAAUGGAAACAGAUGUAAAUAAAAUUUUGUUAUCUCAUUGA